AUGGUCGAUAGCACAAAUUUGUUCCCCGAGUGCGAGAGUGAUCUAGCGGUGUGGAAACCUCCCAAAGACUGUUAUGAAGAAGCUAAAGAAAGACUUGGUGGAAUAUAUGGACAGACGGAAGAGCUUGAGCCUGAUGAUAUUAAGGGUACUUCAGUCAUGACUGUUACCAAGAAAAUCAAUGAAGAAGCAGAUCAUGAAAAUCAGUGGUCAUUUACACUCAACUCUUGGAGCCAGCAAUAUCGAUCUAAACCUAAAGAUAGCUUUGAGGUUAAUUCCGAUGACGAUGAAGUCAUAGUGAUUGAUACGGAGUCAGAUGGACAGAGCACAGCUAUGGUAAUGAGUAUCAGAUCGGGCCGCCCAGAGCUUAGGACUUAA